AACCAUUCAACACUCUACCAACCUCUUCUAAUUUCUACAAUCACUCUCUUCAUCAUUCGCUAAGCACUUGUUGUUAAGAAAAAUUAGAAAAUCAUUCCUUAAUCACUUUUGAAGCUUUCACACCUAUCUAUACUUUCUUACUACAUCUCUUACUUUUAAAGAUUUUUUUUUUUUAAUUAUACGAAACAGUUUGUUUUGUUUCAGACAAUGUUCUUGUCACACAAAGAAUACUAUCGACUUGACUUGCAAUUUUUUCUAAACAACAAAUCAAGCGUCGAGAAAAGUUUCUAUUUUUGGAUUUUCCAAAUAUUAACUGUUGUAGCUUCGUGACUAAAAAAGAAAUAUCGAUUACUUGUUCAACAAUAAAUAUAUAAAUAAAUAAAUAUUGAUUUCAAGAUUUUUAACUUUUUUUUUUUGGUGUAGCAAGUCAUCGUAUUGUCAGUUUAUUAUUGAAAAAUGGGAAGUUCAUGUUUACCUCCAGGAUUCAGGUUUCAUCCUACCGAUGAAGAACUCAUCGAAUACUACUUGAAAAGAAAAGUCGAAGGUCUCGAGAUCGAGCUUGAAGUCAUUCCCGUUAUCGAUCUUUAUAGUUUCGAUCCUUGGGAGUUACCAGACAAGUCAUUUCUCCCAAACCGAGACAUGGAAUGGUUCUUCUUCUGUUCAAGGGACAAAAAAUAUCCUAAUGGUUUCCGUACAAACCGAGGAACAAAAGCUGGUUAUUGGAAAGCAACCGGAAAAGAUCGGAAAAUUACUUCUCGUUCAUCUUCUGUAAUUGGCUAUAGAAAAACUCUAGUCUUCUAUAAAGGACGUGCCCCGUUAGGCGAUAGAAGCAAUUGGAUAAUGCAUGAAUAUCGACUCUGCGAUGAUGAUUCAUCACAAGGACCACCACAUUUCAAGGGAGCUUAUGUGCUAUGUCGUGUUGCAAUGAAGACUGAGAUCAAAACUAAUUCGAAAAUCCGAAAAAUUCCAAGCGAGCAAACUAUUGGAUCCGGAGAAAGCUCGGGGUUUUCAAUAACGUCUCCUAGUCGCGAUAAAACAAUGCCAUUUCACUCAUUUGUUAAUCCAAUAUCUACUGAAACGGACUCUUCCAACAAUUGGAUUUCACCUGACUUCAUUCUCGAUUCUUCAAAAGACUAUCCUCAAAUCCAAGAGGUUGCAUCUCAGUACUUCCAACAAGACUUUGAUUUUCCGGUCAUUGGUAACCAAAACAUGGAUUUUCUAGCGAGUACAAGCUUAGAUCAGAACAUGGAUGAAUCUAUGCAAACCGGUUAUUGGACAAACUAUGGAUACGAUCAAACCGGUUUAUUCGGUUACUCAGAUUUCUCCUAGACGGAGUAAUUUGGUCUUUACGACAGAAACGCCUUUUAUCGUUUUGAGUCUUGGAAGACUUUUAGCACUGGACUAUGGAUGAGUUUCAUUUUUUUUUUUUGCUAAUUAUGGAAUUACUAUAUUAUAGAGAUUUGAUGUAAAAUAUUUGUCAUUAAUAUAUGAAGCUGUAUUUUAUA